ACAGACUGUGAUUCACUGUAAAGGAGGAGCCUGUUAAACAGCGUGGACUGUCGGAGAAGAGAGGAGGAGAGAAGAAAGCGAGCUGAGGGCUGUGAGACGAAGGAGAGGACGGGUCGGCUGAAGCGAGAGUGCGAGCUUUACCAGCUUUUUAUUUAUUUCCUCCGCAAUCCUCGACUCUUUCAUAAAGAAGCCUGCGAAGUGAAGGACUCUCAGGAUGGAGCGGAUGGAGUCAAUGGAGCCGAUCUCGGCAUACUACACCACUGCUUACCCAGAGAUCCAACCAGACAGUACUUACGGAUCCAGAGAGACAACCGAGAGCCAGGCAAUGACUCCACCACCUCCAACAUAUGACGAGGAGUUGGUGCACAAGACAAUCCUGGUUGGGGACAGUGGUGUGGGGAAGACAUCUCUGCUGGUGCAGUUUGAUCAGGGCAAGUUCAUCCCUGGCUCGUUCUCUGCCACAGUGGGCAUCGGAUUCACAAAUAAAGUGGUGACUGUGGAUAACGUAAAGGUCAAACUGCAGAUAUGGGACACAGCAGGACAGGAAAGGUUCAGAAGUGUGACACAUGCGUAUUACAGAGAUGCACACGCUUUGCUCCUGUUGUAUGACAUCACCAGCAAAUCAUCUUUUGACAACAUUAGAGCAUGGUUAACAGAGAUCCACGAGUAUGCACAGAGCAAUGUAGUCAUCAUGUUGCUGGGCAACAAGGCCGAUAUGAGCAGUGACCGAGCGAUCAGGAGAGAUGAAGGAGAGAGGCUGGCCAGAGAGUAUUCAGUUCCUUUCAUGGAGACAAGUGCCAAGACAGGGGUCAAUGUAGAUCUGGCCUUCACUGCUGUGGCCAAGGAGCUGAAGCAUCGGGCCAUCCAGCAUCCCAGUGAACCCAAGUUCCAGAUACAUGAAUAUAUUGAGGCACAGAAGGAGAAGUCAGGCUGCUGCAGCUACUUUUAAAACUUAUCUCCCUACUCCUCCUCCUCCCAUAGCUCUGGGCGAACAGACUGUCAGAGACACAUUACUGAGUGGGAGGAAGCCCUGUAUCACUGCUGCUCACAAAAUGUUACACUGCCAUUCAUUCAAGACUAAAAGCCAAACAUACAUCAGUGGAUUAAACGUGCUACAGACCCACACAAGUUUUCUUUAGCUGAAUACCUCCAACUCUUCAGACAUCAGUUUGCACUACUGAUGCUUUCUAAAGUAUAUUCAAGGAAAGAAUAGCUAUUUAUUUGAUAUGUAACAAAAUAUACCCUCCGGCAAUUUUCCUUUUCUUUAUUUUUAAAUUAAAUGAUCAAUAUUAGUCUCUUGUGUUUGUUUUGUUAAUGCAGUUGCAGUCAAGAGUUAGUCAAUCUGGAAGCAGGACCAAACAGCUAGCCUGACCCUGUCACAAACCACCUACAAUUCCAUAACGUGGUUUUUCUCAUUUGCUUGAGAAAAACCAUGAACCAUGCUAACAGACAAUGUAUCUUAGCCUGUUACCAUGAGAACUUUUACUAAUUUGGAUUAAACACACAUCUUCUAUUUUUUAAAUUGUAUUUAUUUAUUUAUUUAUGUAUUUUUGCAUAGCUUAGCACCAUACUAAAAACACAGAUAUAUAAUUGAUGUCAGUGUUAUGCCUCACUGUUAAUAAGUAAUUAUAAUAAAUUAUAAUUAUCUAUAUAAAAUGUAUUUUCCCUUGGUGAAGUUAUGUGAUUCAUUUUUCUUUUGAACAGUUAUUUUUGUUAAUAUUUUCUGUUGUUUCCUCACAUGUGGACAGUAAGGUGCUAGGCUGGUUAGCGCUUUUGCCUCACAACAACAAGGUUACUGGUUCAAGCUCUGGUUGGGAUCAUUCUCUGUAGAGUUUGCAUGUUCUCCUGUGCCUGUGAUGAUUUUUCUCACGCAUAUUGGGUUAACUGGUAUUUCUAAACUAACUGUAGACCGUAUGUAAGGUAGUUAAACUACUAGGGGCAUGCAGAAUAAACAUUGGCAUGCAGAGCAAUGCAUCUGUGAACUGUGUCUCUGGGAGGAGGAUUGCUGUGAAGAGCAAACAUUUGAUACUAAGUACUUGAGUUGUUGUCUGUUAUUUAGGGGAGCGUUAUGUACAUACAGCACAGUGAAUAUUUUGAUAUGGUGUUAUACUGUGCACCCUUGAGUCACCCUUGUAAUGGUUGCAGCAUCUCGGGGGGGGGUCAAACCAAGUGCUUAUCUGUUUUUCUAUCCAGGUGUGCUUUUAUUGUAUGUAGAGUGUGUUUGGGAUCAUUGUCAUGCUGAAGAAUUAGGCCAUUACCAAUCUGCUGCUGUCCAGAUGGUAUUGAAUGCUGGUUCAAAUUUUGACCAUACUUAUCUGCAUCCAUAAUUUCAUCAAGUUUUGACAAUAUCCCCAACAUCACUGGGUGAAACAGAGCCCCAAACCAUGAAAAGGUCUCCACUUACAGAUGGCUGUUGAAACUCAACCUCUACUGGCUAGUCAUUGAGCCAAAUUUGGAUUUAUCACUGCAUAAGACCUGUUAGCACUGAUUUUCACUCAAGUUCUUGUGUAAUUUGGCACAGGUAAGCCUUUUCUUCUUGUUUUCAUUCCUUAAGAAGAGCCUCUUGACAGCCAUCUUUCCACUGAGACCAUUUCAGCACUGUAAGAUCUAAUGAGUUGCCAGUACUUAAAAAAAUUAUGCAAACGUGUUGCCUUAGAAAAACUAAUUACAGUUUAUUUAAGAUAUACACAGUACUUUGAAUAAUCUGAUUUUUCUAAGAAUGAAUUAAUGAAAAAGUCAACUGAUGAAUAUGUCAGUUGAAAUAAAUAAUUUGUUUUUAGCACUCUAUAUAGUUUGUUUUUGCUCUACAGGCCAAUUUAAAGCUCAGUUGCACAUGCAUGCUGAACAUGCAUUUGAAAGUGCCUCCCUUUUUAUUUUUGUAUAAGAAUACACUAAUAUCAACAGUAAAUUUGGGUAAUCAGUUUUUAAAUGCUCAGGGCUGAAUUUAGAUCCUCCAAAAGAUAUUUUCACAUCAAUGCGUUAAAGCUGCAUUACGUUUUGGUUCCUGUGAAGAGGAAAACAAACUGUUUUCAUUCAUCUCCUGGCAGUAGCAUGUUACUUAAUGCUACACUGUGUUAUUCGCUAACGUUGUAAGCUAGAGACAUUGUGUACAGAACAUACAGGAGUUUUACCAAAACCUUUGUAAUCUGAAAUAAAAGAGUGGGAGUACAAGUUUUUGUUGACCAGAAAAACCAGAACGAGCGGAAGAAUGCCAAACCGCUACGUAAAGAAGAGGGGAAGUAGUGAGUGGUAUUUUUCUCUGUGUCUGUCCCUCCAGGUUACAUAUUUUAAAUAACACAAGUUAAUAUGUUAAGGAAAGGUUGCUUUUGUGACAUUUGUUUUGGACAGUAGUCUACAAUGCUCUUCUGCAAAUAUUACUGCUUGAUGAGUGUAUGUUUGCUGUGUUGCUAAGUUUGGACAGGUUUGAUAUACUUCGGAAUUAUUCAGAUUGUGGUCAGAAGACCUUUUGUCCAUUGAGCAGCUGUUUUGUUUUGACCACACCACUGCCAGAAGCAGUGUUUUAUGUGCUGUAUGCUGGAUAAAAAAUAAAUAAAUAAUUUUUACCUGCAGGGGUGCUCUCUUCCCUGCAGACACCCACCAUAGCCGGAAUGGUGUGUGUGUGUGUGUGAGAGAGAGAGAGAGAGAGAGAGAGAGGAUGGUAAUUGGUUGCAGUAAGUCACAACAAGCAAGGACAGAUGGACUGAACAAAACGUUUGCUAAAACUAACGUCAUUACUUUGAUCUGUUUGUCAGAAUCACUAUCAACUGCAGGUGCACAGUUGUAAAAAUCCAAGAGGAAUAAAAAAAA